AUGUCUCUUUCUCAAGCUGAGAAGACUCUAAUUCUUGCCUUUUGGAACAAAGCCUCUGGUUUAAUCAAUACCAUAGGUCCUCAGAUUGUGAACAGGUUAUUAUUAGCAUAUCCUCAGUUAAAAACGCAUUUUGGGAACUUCAACGUGACCCCUGGAUCCAGUGAUCUCAACACUCUGGGAAUAAAGAUCAUCACCGCUGUUGGAGGAGCCACACAACAUAUGGACGACUUGCCAGUGCAUCUGGCUAUUCUGACUGACCUGCACUCACUGACCCUUAGAAUAGACCCAGGAAACUAUAAGCUGAUGAUUGAUUGUAUCGUGAUUUCAAUGGCUGCCAGCUUGCCACAGGAUUUUACUGCUGAAGUCCAGAACGCCAUGACCAACUUCCUCAUUAUUAUUGGUGAUAUUCUUGCUUCCAAGUUCUGCUAAAUCUGGAUCUGAACACUUUGAUCUAAACACCUGAAACUUGUCCAAUGAAAUCCUAAUAAAAUCUUCAUUUUUCAAAAA